GCUCAUAAACCUUCUUAUCAGAAAAGCACCGAGCUGAUGACGUCAUCAAAACGCAACGAGAGUGUUGCCGAUAUGAAGGUUCAUCGUAACCGGGUCAAGCGGGAUGGCCCAGCGGCUCCACUACCUCCCUCUCUUUCUUUACCCACCCACCAGCCGCCCCCUGGGAUGGAUGAAGAGCAGCCAUGGAAAGGGGUGCCGCCCCCUCCACACUUCCCUUAUAUCAACCAAGUCCCACAUGACAGUAAGACAAGGACACAAACUACCAGAAUGCCUACAACAUCUAGUACAAACCAAUCUGGAGAUGGAACUGGAUCCGCUGUAAGUCAUUUAUAUGGAACAACUCAUUGGACUUUGGCACUCCCUACUUUAUUAUCUCUUGCAAUCCACGUUUUAUUGUAAUUACUGAGCAUCAAAAGUAACAUCUAUUCCUGAAACAGACAAUUUCGAGCGUAUGUAAUGUUCGGCUGGUAGAGAGGAGCGAGGAUAAUCACCAAACGCAUGGCGUGGAAGAAAGAAAUAUAUGAAGUCAUUCCAGCUCCAUCUUCAGAAGAAAUCACAUCUGGGCUUAGACUGACUAUAAAGUAUCGACAUCUAACCCGCUGGAGAUGCCUUGCCAGGUUCGAGUGACGAUAUAUUGCCAGGCCGGGCAAGCCUUUAUCCUCGAGGGAUUGCUAGAAAGAUGGAUAUAAACCUUUGUCUGUACUAUGACUCUCCUGUACAUCAUUCUCUUCAGGUGAGGAUGUGCAUGGAGACGAUUCGGGAAUGAUUGCACCUUCGCAAGAUGGCCUAUUUGUCAUGUAAUGCAUCAAUCAUGGCGGAAUUAACGGCGUCCAAUCUGAUCUCUGGGUUCAAGAUGUUGUUAGUAUCGAGUGAAAAUGAGUACCUUUCGUUUUUAAGUUGUGCUACCCUUACACGAUUAUCCGAAAAUAGAUUGCAUCUCUGGCCCCAUCACCAUGCCCGUGCUAUAACAGCAAAAUGACACGAAUUCAUGAUGACCUUUUCCCGGGACCUUUUAUUCCUGUCUGGCCUUUCGAAGAAAUGUUUUUAUCAGCAUCAGCAACUGGACGGAUCAACAAAAGGGGCGCUAUUGCAGCUCUCAUGUCAUGCAACAUGGUGUUUAAUGCUGGAAGACAGUAAAGGCUUGAUCAGAAAAGGAGGAUACAAU